AUGGCGCGUGGGAGAGGUCACUGGCAGAGGUACCCGCAGAUGCGAAGGCUUGGAAAUCGGCCUGAGGCGGGAGGAUUCAGGAAACCUAGGGUCAACCUUCUGCUUACAGGGAACAGUGUUAGCGGAAUUAGACCUGGUGUCAGUGUGAACUUUGAAGAUGUAGCUGUGACUUUUUCCUGGGAGGAAUGGGGUCUCCUUGAUGAGGUUCAAAGAUACCUGUACCGUGAUGUGAUGCUGGAGGACUUGGCACUUAUAACCUCCCUGGGCCCCAUAUCUGCUUCUCUACAGCCUUCCCUGGAAGGAUCCAGUGUCAGGAAUCUUCCAAUCAGCCUAAUAAAGUCCAACCUCAUUGAACACCAGAGAAGUAACACUAGAGAUAGGCCUUAUGAAUGUACAGAAUAUGGGGAAUCUUUUACUAAGUGCUCCAACCUCAUUGAACACCAGAGAAGUAACACUAGAGAUAGGCCUUAUGAAUGUACAGAAUGUGGGAAAUCAUUUACUCAGUGCUCCAACCUCUUUACACACAAGAGAGUUCACAUGAAACAAAAGCCAUAUGAAUGUGAUGAAUAUGCAAAAUCGUUUAGCCAAAGCUCUACCCUCCUUCAACAUCGGAGAAUUCACACUAGGGAAAAGCCUUAUGAGUGCAAUGAAUGUGGUAGAACUUUUACGCAAAACUCUGUGCUCCUUCAGCAUCAGAGACUUCACACUGGAUCAAGGCCUUAUGAAUGCACUGAAUGUGGAAAAUCCUUUGCUGUAUACUCCAGACUCAUUAAACAUAGAAGAGUUCAUACUGGAGAAAGGCCUUAUAAAUGCAGUGAAUGUGGAAAAACAUUUUGCCAAAACUCUUCAUUCCUCCGACAUCAGAGAGUUCAUACUGGAGAAAGGCCUUGUAAAUGCAGUGAAUGUGGAAAAACAUUUUGCCAAAGCUCUUCAUUCCUCCGACAUCAGAGAGUUCACACUGGAGAAAGGCCUUAUGAGUGUGGGGAGUGUGGAAAAUCAUUUAGGCAAAAGCCCAACCUUAUUCAAAAUUGGAGAGUCCAUACUAGAGAAAGACCUUAUAAGUGUGGGAAAUGUGGGAAAUUACUUAGCAACAAGUCCCAUCUUAUUGAACACCAGAGAGUUCACACUGGUGAAAGGCCAUAUGAGUGUGGGGAAUGUAGGAAAUUCUUUAGCAAGAAAUCCCACCUCAUUAUACAUCAGAGAGUUCACACCAGGGAAAGGCCAUAUAAAUGCAAUGAAUGCGGGAAAUCAUUUAACCAAAACUCUGCACUCCUUCAACAUCAGAGAAUUCACACUGGAGAAAGGCCUUAUGAGUGCACUGAAUGUGGGAAAUCCUUUGCUAAUAAUUCAGCCUUCAUUAAACACAGGAGAAUUCACACUGGAGAAAGGCCUUAUGAGUGCAGUGAGUAUGGGAAAGCAUUUGCCCAAAGUUCUUCACAUCAGAGAACUCACACUGGAUCAAAGCCAUAUGAGUGCUGUGAAUGUGGGAAAUCCUUUGCUAAAAACUCCAGGUUCAUUAAACACAGGAGUGUUCACACUGCAGAAAGUCCGUAUGUUGUAGGAAAUGUUGGAAAUCCUUUACCUAAAGCUACAGUCUCAUAG